AUGUCUGACAUUUGUUUCAUCAUUGUCAUGGACACAGUAAUAAGGAAUCUGUUUUUAGGUUUCAGGAGCAGAAACUGCAGUGUGUUUUGCAGUCAACAGCCAUCACUUGGGACAUCCCAUCCUCAAGAGAACCUACAGCAGUCUGAUGAGCCUGGGAAGGAUUACAAGAAACUUCAUCUUUCUCCUGGUUUGCAGCAUCACUUAGGUCAUAACUGGAUCAAGAGCUCUGAAUGUGACAGUGCAACACCCUCAUUGCAUCACUCUAGACAGAAAUCACAGCGGGGUGCUCAGCCUGUGAACAGAUACAAUAGGGUUCAUCCUGUUACUGCCCCAGAGUUUCAUUUAGGAUGUAACUGCAGCAGCAGCCCUAAGGGUAACAGCGAAUUCCCCCUUGCACAGCAUUGUACUCAGCAUGUGUUGGACACUGACAUACCUCUUCCCCCCGUUGUACCACAGCACCCGUCUGGACAUAAUUGCAACAAGAAGUCUGAAUGCUACACAUGUCUUAGUAAAAAGAAAGGUGCAGUAAUUUAUCAGACAUCUCACAAAGGAGAGAAAUCAUAUAAAUGCACUGAAUGCAAUAAGCAUUUUGUGUGUCAAAGUCAUCUGAGGUACCACACAGGGGAAAAAACACAGAAAUGUCCUAAAUGCAGUAACUGUUUCACGCACAAAUAUCCACUCAGAAUCCAUCAACAAGUUCAUGUGGGAGAGAAGCCAUAUAAAUGUGCUGAAUGUAGUAAGUGCUUUACUCAGAAAUAUACCUUUAGAAUCCAUCAACAAGUUCACAGAGGGGAGAAAUCGUAUAAAUGUGCUGAAUGUAGCAAGUGUUUUGCAUGGAAAAGCAACCUUAUAUCCCAUCAACAAAUUCACACACGGGAGAAACUUUAUAAAUGUGCUGAAUGUAGCAAGUGUUUUGCAUGGAAAAAAAAUCUUGUAACCCAUCAGCAAAUUCACACAAGGGAGAAACCGUAUAAAUGUGCUGAAUGUAGUAAGGGUUUUGCAUGUAAAAAGUCCCUUAACAUCCAUAAACUAGUUCACACUGGGGAAAAACCGUAUAAAUGUGCUGAAUGUAGUAAAAGUUUUGUAUAUAAAAAGUCACUUGAUAGCCAUAAACUAGUUCAUACAGGGGAGAAACCGUAUAAAUGCACUGAAUGUAGUAAGUGUUUUGCAUGUAAAAACAACCUUAUAAUCCAUAGGCAAAGUCACACAGGGGAGAAACCUUAUAAAUGUACUGAAUGUAGCAAAUGUUUUGCAUGGAAAAAAAACCUUGUAACCCAUCAACAAAUUCACACAAGGUUUGAAAUUUAUAAAUGUGCUGAAUGUAGUAAGGGUUUUGCAUGUAAAAAGUCCCUUGACACCCACAAACUAGUUCACACAGGUGAAAAACCGUAUAAAUGUACUGAAUGUAAUAAGGGUUUUGUAUGGAAAAAGAACCUUACAACCCAUCAACAAAUACACACAGGGGAGAAACUGUACAAAUGUGCUGAAUGUAGUAAGUGUUUUGCAUGGAAACACAACUUUGUAUCCCAUCAACAAAUUCACACAGGGGAAAAACCAUAUAAAUGUGCUGAAUGUAGCAAGUGUUUUACCCAGAAACAUAACCUUGUAACCCAUAAAAAAAUUCACAAAGGGGAGAAACCAUAUAAAUGUGCUGAAUGUAGUAAAUGUUUUACCCAGAAACAAAGCCUUAGAAGCCAUCAAACAAUUCACAGUGGUGAGAAACCAUAUAAAUGUGCUGAAUGUAAUAAGUGUUUUUCACGGAAACAACAGCUUGUAAACCAUCAAAAAAUUCAUACGUGAUAAAAGCACAUACAAUAAACAGAAUGCAGUAAACAAGUAUGUGGAAUAGACUGCUGAUGCACCAUUAAAACAGUCACACUGGGUAUACUCAAAUAUGUGAACAACAUAUAAAUUAUUUGAAUUCAAUAAGUAUGUUACACAGGAAUGCCACCACAGAACCUAUCAAUAAGUUCACUUAGAGGAAAAGGCUUACAAAUAUCCUGCAUGCAUUAAGUGUUUGAGAUGAAGGGAUGUUCCCCUCUAUCGUGAAAAACUCAAUGGAAAAAAUAUAUAAAUUUGUUGAAUAUAAUAUUUUCUUAUACAGAAGAAAGAGUUACUACAGCAUCAAAAUUGACAAGGGGAGAAAUGUACAAGUGUCCUGAAUGUACUUAGUGUUAGAGAAAAAAUAAUGCUCUUCUAAAGCAUCAAAAAAUGGACACCGAAUGGAGAGAUGAAAAGUCAGCAAGCAAAGGAGUGUAGUCGUGCUGAAAUUAAAUUCAUCCUCAAAUCUUGGUGAGUACCUUCAUGAGAGGACCCUGUUUUCACAAAGUCUCACCAAGGCGACAAUGAUAUAUAGACUGUCUUUAUAUAGCACAUAUCAUGGACAGAAGUAGGUCAAAAACUAAAAAGAUAGCU